CUCUCCUCCUGUAUUAUCUGACUGGACCAGGUAUACCGGCUGACUCUCUCUCCUCCUGUAUUAUCUCACCGGACCGGCUAUACCGGCUGACUCUCUCUCCUCCUGUAUUAUCUCACCGGACCGGCUAUACCGGCUGACUCUCUCUCCUCCUGUAUUAUCUCACCGGACCGGCUAUACCGGCUGACUCUCUCUCCUCCUGUAUUAUCUGACUGGACCGGCUAUACCGGCUGACUUUUAUAUAGUUUUUUUUUAAAUUUUAUUUUUUUAUUUUUUUAUAGCGGGUCAUUGAAUUGUAUCGAAUUUGAGACAUAUUAAUGAUGUCUAAUUGUCCGUUCUACAGGUAAUGGAGACUAAAGACAUGAUAUACAUCGUCACAGAAUAUGCCCAAAAUGGGGAAUUGUUUGGUGAGUGUCUGAGAAAAUCUAAACCUAUUCAUAGGGAUGGCCAUAACAUGGGCUACAAAUACACCAUUAAAAGGGUUUAUUUCCGAGUUUCCUUCUAUGCAGGAGACAUGGUGAAAUCUAGUCCUGAACCUCCUAUCUGCUGUUAAUGCUGUCUUUUGUUCUUGUUUUACUUCUAGAUAUCUUAACUGUACGGGGACGGCUAACGGAAGAAGAAGCAAGAAAAAAGUUCUUGCAGAUUCUGUUGGCUGUGGACUAUUGUCAUUCUCACAACAUUGUCCACAGAGACCUGAAAACUGAGAACCUGCUCCUCAACCACAAUAUGGAUAUAAAAGUGGCAGGUUGGUUGGAUUCGGCGUUAAGGAGGAACAUGAUUAAUAAAUGGCAGUGUGUGUCCCUAAUGAUUCUUUCACUGUAUAACAGAUUUUGGAUUUGGUAACUUUUACACGGAUGGCCGGCCUCUGAACACAUGGUGUGGCAGCCCACCUUACGCUGCACCUGAAGUCUUCCUUGGGAAGGAAUAUGAGGGUCCAUUGCUGGAUGUUUGGGUGAGUGGCAGAAUGCAGUCUGUGCCCCGUUCUGGAUGCUGGAAUCCUGUCCUGUUGUGUUUUAUACCACACCUACUAUAGACUGUAAGCUUGUCUAUUGUUUUUGUAAUUGUCUCAUUUAUUGUUAAUUCUCCCCCUCUGAUAAUAUUGUAAAGCGCUAUGGAAUAUGCAGGCGCUAUAUAAAUACCAGUAAUAAUACUUGCAUGUUGUGUUUUUAUUUUUUUAUUUUUUUUUAUAUCGCUUUCUUUGGUUUUAGAGUUUGGGAGUCGUGUUGUAUGUUUUACUCUGUGGAUCAUUCCCGUUUGACGGGCCCAACUUAUCGACUGUACGGCAACAUGUGUUGGAGGGGAGAUUCCGGAUCCCAUAUUAUAUGAGUCAGGGUAAGGCUGCACCCAGCUAUGUCUAUACAGAUUAAACAUCACCACAUUGAGGGAGACAAAAUAUAGCUCAGCAAAGUGUUUUUUGUGAAUUUUUAGUUUACUGUUUCCUUCAUUUUUAUUUUAUUUGCACCAAAUAUCCCAUUUUCUAGAAAGCUUACAAAAGCUAUCAGAUGAUUUUGGUCACUCUGUCCUGUUGUGUGGAAUUGUGGUUGCGUGCGUCCGAACCACGUACUUACUGUGUUGGCUUAUGGCGUCAGUGCUUCCCUGUGUUUCUGUAACUCUGUGUGGUUUAGAACCCAUGACUGUGCCUGACCGUUGUUGGUUGUGAUGGAUUGUUUGCCCCCUUGUCUCUCAGACUGUGAGUCUCUCAUUCGUCGGAUGCUGGCUGUGGACCCAGCGAAGCGUCUGACCAUUGCACAGAUAAAGCAGCAUCGCUGGCUGCAGGGAUUAACCCUCCAUCUGCCUCUGCACAGUGUCCUCCCCACAGCUGAGCCGUGCCUGCAGGUUCUCAGCAUCAUGCAAAGCCUGGGCAUCGACAGAGAUCGAACACUGCAGGUGAGCCGCAAUCUGCUACCUGCAGCCAGUGUGAAACCAGAAUACAAGAACUGUGCCUUUUACCCAAACCAGUCUGUUCACUCACACUCUCUCUCUAUGUGAUUCUCUCACUGUGAUUCUCUCACACUCUCUCUCUCUCUGUGAUUCUCUCACACUCUCUCUCUCUAUGUGAUUCUCUCACACUCUCUCUCUCUAUGUGAUUCUCUCACACUCUCUCUCUCUGUGAUUCUCUCCCACUCUCUCUCUCUGUGAUUCUCUCACACUCUCUCUCUGUGAUUCUCUCCCACUCUCUCUCUCUCUGUGAUUCUCUCCCACUCUCUCUCUCUCUGUGAUUCUCUCCCACUCUCUCUCUCUCUCUCUCUGUGAUUCUCUCACACUCUCUCUCUCUAUGCGAUUCUCUCACACUCUCUCUCUAUGUGAUUCUCUCACACUCUCUCUCUAUGUGAUUCUCUCACACUCUCUCUCUAUGUGAUUCUCUCACACUCUCUCUCUAUGUGAUUCUCUCACACUCUCUCUCUCUAUGUGAUUCUCUCACACUCUCUCUCUCUAUGUGAUUCUCUCACUCUCUCUCUCUAUGUGAUUCUCUCACACUCUCUCUCUCUGUAUGUGAUUCUCUCACACUCUCUCUCUCUAUGUGAUUCUCUCCACUCUCUCUCUCUGUGAUUCUCUCACACUCUCUCUCUCUAUGUGAUUCUCUCACACUCUCUCUCUCUGUGUGAUUCUCUCACUCUCUCUCUCUGUACGAUUCUCUCACUCUCUCUCUGUGAUUCUCUCCCCACUCUCUCUCUAUGGCGAUUCUCUCCCCACUCUCUCUCUAUGUGAUUCUCUCCCACUCUCUCUCUCUAUGUGAUUCUCUCCCACUCUCUCUCUAUGUGAUUCUCUCCCACUCUCUCUCUAUGUGAUUCUCUCACUCUCUCUCUCUAUGUGUGAUUCUCUCACUCUCUCUCUGUGAUUUUGUCUCUGUCUCUCUCUGUGACUCUCUCACUCUCUCUCUGUGACUCACACUCUCACACUCUCUCUAUGUGAUUCUCUCACACUCUCUCUCUAUGUGAUUCUCUCCCACUCUCUCUCUCUCUCUCUGUGAUUCUCUCCCACUCUCUCUCUCUCUGUGAUUCUCUCCCACUCUCUCUCUCUCUGUGAUUCUCUCCCACUCUCUCUCUCUGUGAUUCUCUCCCACUCUCUCUCUAUGUGAUUUUGUCUCUGUCUCUCUCUCUGUGACCCUCUCACUCUCUCUCACACUCUCUCUCAGUCCCUACAGAAUGACUGCUACGAUCACUAUACGGCUAUUUAUUAUCUCCUUGUGGAGAGGGUGCAGCGGUUAUCUUCAAUGCAAGAGCUGCCAAGAGCCCACAACUCUAACAUGGUGGGUAAAAGUCCAUGUAGUGUGUUUUGUGCUGUAUGUUUGGCUCGCUUUUUAUUUUACAUUUUUGCUUUUAUGGUGAGAAUCUAACUUUGUAAUAUUUGUAGCUGUUUGGGGUGUAAAUUGUAUGAAUUUUCCACUCUGGGAUGAAUAAUGUUACAUGCCUGGGGUACCCCCUAGAGAAAAUACAUUUUAUUUUAUUUAUUCUUUUCUCUCCCAAAGAUCCGUUGUUCGGGUCUCCAGUCGGAGCUGGCGGAUUCUGAUUGUGAGCUUAGUUUUCCGUUGCAGGUGAGUGGGGGUACAGGAAGGAAAUGGAAUGUGGGAUUAAGAUUAGGAAACUACUGGAUUCAUUCAUGUCUUCUGUUUUUUUUUUUUUUUUUGUCUACCUUGAAGGCUCUGUUACACCUGAAGGAUUCUCCCUGUCUCGGGCAGGCGGACACCAUUUUGCAUCCUCCCCACGUACUUCAGGAGAAAACCCUAAAUAAGGAACCUGUGCAAGAAACACCUUGUGAGUGUCUUCUCAAAAACUCUUUCUCUUUUCUGACAGACUCUCAUUAACCCUUCUUCACGUUCUUCUCACAUCUUUUUUUUUUUUCCUGUCGCCCUUCCACAGCUCUGCUCUCACUGCCGCUCAGUAAAUCGUUACUUUGUCACUGUUUUAUCACACUCUGGCCUGUCACUCAUGACUCUUGUACAUGCUUGCUUUCUCCAUCUGCCUCUUGGUCAGUCAUUCACGGUUGUCUCUGAGCCCUCACCAUUGCACUAUCCUCUUCCACUUGCAGGUAUUUUAAUCUCCUCCACACUCCCUUCAACGUGUCAUAGUCUGGAGAAUUGUCUCGUUCCUUCAUGGAUCCAGUCUCCUUUUAUGUCCACAUCCCCUCUCAGUGCACAAUCAGCAACUCCUGUCCUUCAGGCUCAGGGCAUCUCUUCACCGCGCUCACUCCUACCUGUGACAUUUCAGGAGGGACGGAGAGCGUCUGAUACUUCCCUUACACAAGGUAACAUCUGCGCACAAGUAUUUCUUGGAAUAUAAUCAUAUUAUGAUUUAUUUUGGUUUUUUUUUGCAUGAGGUAAAAGGUCAAGAUUAGGAUAUAGUCUACAGUCAACGUUAUGGAAUGAGUUUGUGAUUUGGGGCCAAGGCGAGUAAUGGUUCAGGGUUUGUGUGAGUCAAAUUGAAGGUGUAUAAGGUUAGAUUUGGGUUUUGUAUCAAUUUCAUACAGAUACCGUCUUAGAUGGAGUGAUUACUAGGAUUGCGGUAAAGCUUAGAUUUGGCAUCAGAUUUCCAAGUAUUCAUGUUGGUUUCAGUGAGGCUUAAGAGAGGGCAAGAAUUACACUCCGGUUUGGGGUGACUGGACUAGGUUCAUUUUCUGUUUGCCGUUAGUGUUGAUGUCAAGGCUGAAGUUGGAGCUUGGCUCAUGGCUUGUUUUUAGGUUUAGAAUUAGCACCAGACUGGGUAUUGCUAGGGUUAGAUCCUGGACAUAUUCUGUCUCUGUGUAUUACAUGAUGGGUUUAUGUUACAGGACUCCGGGUGCUGCGACAAGUACGCAAGACAACCAGGGUUCGUGGACUCCUGUGUUUCAGUAAAAUUCGCUAUGGGAACCGUCAUAAUGGCAUCUCUCUGCGUGGGUUGUGCACCUCAAACUGUUUCCAGCAACAGAUCCAAGAAGGGGCUGUUUCACAAGGACUCCUACAGGAAGCAUUGCAGCAACAAAAGUGAGCAAUAAAAGUAACUAUGUGGUCGAUAUUUUGGUAUAUAAAAGGACCUUUCUUUCAUCGGUCACUCCUGAUUAGUCUUCUUCCUCUUUACCUUGUGUGUUGUAUGCCAUAUAUAUGUUGUACUAUGCAUUCUUGGCUUUGUAUUUUUGAGUUCUAGCAAAGAUUUAGCUUAAAUGUUGCUAUUUUCAUAAUAAGUCUUACAUAGUGCACAAUUUUUAACAAAGUGUGGCAAUGGGUGAGGUUUCAAGAUCCCAUCAGCCAUCACUUGCAGUGGCUGAUGGGAACAGGCAUUGCUCUUUGUAUAAUCCCAACCCUCACGUAAUGGCUAGAGAGCACAGCAAUGGAGAAAUAUUCAAGCCAAGGCAUGUGGAACAGGAUGGGAAAACAUGGCUGCUAGAAGCUACCAUAACACUGAUACCGAAGCCAGGUAAAGACCCAGAGUCUUGCGGCAGCCUCAGACCCAUAUCGUUGAUUAACGUGAUGAAGAUUACACCCUCUCCAACACAUCUCUGAGUAAAAUUUCCCCCCCUUGCUGGGUGCUAUUCGAUCUGACUUACAAACUUGGAAUAAACCCUAAUUUCGCUGGUUGGGCAGGGUUAAUAUCCUAACUAUGAAUGUACUCCAACGUCUUUUGUAUUUACUUCAUGCGCCUCCUAUUCACUUUCCCAGGAAAUUGUAAAGAAUAUCCAAUCACUUUUUACCAAUUAUGUACCCCCCCAGAUCGCUUACCAUAUCCUCACCUGCCCAAAGGACAAAGGGGGGGGGGGGUAAUAUGCUUCAUUACUAUUUUGCUGUUCACCUCUGGACUGGUCAAAACAACCUUUAUCUAAACCAGGGACAGGCAACCUUUGGCACCCCAGGUGUUUUGGACUACAUCCCUCAUAAUGCCCUGACACCCAUAGUGCUGGCGUUGCAUCAUGGUGUAGUCCAAAACAUCUGGAGUGCCAAAGGUUGCCUAUGCCUGAUCUAAACUAUGGCUACCGAUCGAACAAUCAUUUAAGACCCCCAUUACGAGCCUUUCUAUGGGCAAUCAUGUCCUCUACGGAAUACCCUGUCCCCUCUCACCAAACUAUUACUGCAUCAGUGAAUGCAUGGUCGAAGGUAUUUCACCUGAGUGACAUAGCACCUAAACCAUCACUUAGGUACUACAUUACACGUAAUGCCCUUUUUCCUGUAGGCGAACACAGCCUACUCCUUUUUACCCAUAUUUGUGAGAUUCUUAUCUUUACUAUUACAGCCUACUCCUACCCACAACUUGCAGACUUGAGAAUUCCCCAUAUGUACCCCUAGAUAACCUGUGGGGUGAAUCCAGACUGAAAUCCCUUCAUGACUUAUUGCCAUCUAUCCUUCCAACCCCGGCCCAAACCUUUCAAUACGACCAACUGAAGCACUUUAUUAAUACUCUCCAUGUCCCAGCCACAGCCCUCAGAGACGAUACGGAACUUAAACAAAUGUGUUCCAAAACAACAUCAGUAGUGAAACCCACAUCCAGAUGCCUAAAACUGCAGUCUUCAUUUCUUUAAACGUAAAUGGGAAAAACAACUUGGAUUCUCCAUGGGGGAGUCGGAAUGGAGCGCAAUUUUUCAGACAGUUGUUCACUCACACUCAAGUGUUGCCCUACGUGAGGUUAAUUACAAACUAAUAUCAGGGUGGUAUGACUCCAUCAGACUUAAAUAGAUGCUAUCAGGAGGUGUCAACACUCUAUUGCAGAUGCCGUAGGGGAUCUCAAACAUAUACGAUGGGACUGUGAGGGUUUAGCGGGAUAUUGGGCACUGUCAUUGCUAUUUCAGGGAUUCACAUUCCUCCUGACAUAGAUACCCUGGUAUCAAAACUGAAACAUUCUCUCCUUUACUUCAUGCUAACUGCUGCCAAAACGGUUAUAACGAGUCUCUGGAAAUCUACCAAACAGCCAACCUUAAGAGACUGGAUAGCAAAGCUGGAAACCUACCGGGUACUGGGGGAAUUGAGGUGGUCUUCCCUAGAUAACCAUAAGAGAUACCAACCCAUUUGGCAGCCCUGGGAAUCCUUCUAUGGACAUUUAAACUGCUCAGACGAAUAUAUGAGCUCUUGGGCAACCGGAGUGUCCCUCUAACAUGCAAUCACUUUGUUAGGCCGUCCGUAUACACCUCCUUGACCUCCUAUAGAUCUAGGUCAGGUGAUAUGCCCGUAGGCAUCAUGAAUUAAGAGUUGUGUGAACAUUAUAUUUACCUAUACCCAUUAGCCGAGCUAUGCUAACCAAAGAUUAUGGUCACUUCCUCUCUUGUUACAUUCCUUUUUUUUAAAUAUUUUUAUCUUUGCUUUUUGCUUCAAUCUUCUAUUUUCCCUGGUGGAAUUAUAAAUGUUACUCCAUUCACUUAUUCCUAUUCCCUUUUUCUUUAUUUGUACUCCCUCCCCUCUUUGUGAUAUGUUAUGUAUUCCAAUGUUGUAUGGGAAAAGUCGGUAUAUUAUGUGACAAAUUAUUGUACUGUAUUUACCAAUACUAUAUCUCAUAUCAGACAAAAUGGAAUAUUCUCUGUAAUAUGCUUACACAGAUGAGUUGUAUAUGAUCUAUCUUUGUGCAUUGAUCCCUGGAAAAAUAGACUGGCUUUGUUACUGUAUUUUACAUCAUCUUAAUAAAAAUCUAUUGAAUUAAAUAAAAAAGCGUGGCUGCAAAGAAACACUGUAGGUCUUUCAAAAUAAGUGGAUUUUUGACUGUAUUUAGUCCAGUGAUAAUGAAGAAGCUCCCCCCUUGAUAUUAAUCUGUCUUGUUUCACAUAGGUUCCUUCAGAUUGCAAUUUCUCCACGCAAUGUGGCAUUACCAGGCUUCUGUCAGGACCACCACGAUGAGACCUCAACCCCUGAACUUCUCAGCUCGAUCUUCUCGUGCCCCCGACCUCUCCAGCCUGGCUACAUCUCUGCGGACAGUAACACAGAUGUCGAUUUAAGAGCCGGGCCUCCAAGGCUUGGUCGUGGCUAUGUCCUGGUUUCAUAGCUGGCUCUGCUUCAGAGAUAAUCUUACUGUGGUCUUGCAAUACUCCUGGUGUCCAGACCAGGAAACAAAAACGUUCUAUGGCAGCUGCGGAUGUCAAGCAAUAAUGAUUUAUUCAAAGCACAGAUAAUGCAGCAGUGUUUUCCAUGUAGCUGCCACGAAGACGUGUAGAUUUAGAAUUACUUUAUACUCUGUACUGAGGGGGGGGGGGGUAUUGGUAGUACUGUAAUGGGGUGUAAGUGCAGCAUUACACGGUGUGUAUAUCCUGCCAGGUUGUACGGUGCUUAGAUGACGUAUUACUGAGUGGUUAAUCCACCGCUUUCUGGGCCUCUCACAACUCCUGCAUAGAGUGAAGGCUUCUAUUGCUAUUCUGGUUAUACUCCUUUUUAUUAUUAUAGGUGGGCUCAAUAUCAUAUCCAAUUCCCUGUCCACCUUCUGUGUGGGGUCUCUGCUACUGUCUCGACCACCUUCAACAUUCCUAUGUGGGGAGGGGGGGGGGGGGGGACUCUGACCCCUCCCUUGUCCUGGCUGGGGGGGGCUGUUUUGUGGCACACUGUUAACUUUUUUUUUAAAUCAGCCUUUUCCUUUUAACCCCUUGUGCUUGUCCACCCCCUCCCCUUUCUUUAGUUGUCUCUCACUCUACCUUUGAAGAAGCACUUUAAUUCCCACUCCUGAGCUCCGUUCUCCUUAUUCCCGGUCUGUCCUGGAUUUGUUACUGUGUAAUUACCAGAUUCAGAUACGGUGCUGCUGGAAACUUAUUGAUACAUUUAUAAUAAUGAUAAAAUAAAUUCUGUUUCUUAUAACCAAAUGUGGUGGUUUUUAUUCCUUAUGUCUGUGUUUUUAUUUUGUCUCCUGGUCACACUGUGGACGAGCGAGUAUGAGGUGAGCAGGCUCUCACUAUGAAUCCAUACUGAGAAUACAAAGACCUUGUGUGAGGCCGAAACGUUGUCUGUCUUUCUAUCUGGUGCUGCAGCUUUAUUCUCGUCACAAACACUUCUUCUAUUUUCAUAUCAUUUCGC